AUGGUAAUUCCUGCCUGGAAUUCUUGGCAGGGCAACCGGGAGGAGGCAGAUAAUCCCAACACCGGGAUCGGAGCAUUCCGCUUCAUGCUGGAGUCCAACAAGGGAAAAUCCAUGCUGGAAUUCCAGGAGCUGAUGACAGUUUUCCAGUUGCUCCACUGGAAUGGGAGCCUGAAAGCCAUGAGGGAACGACAGUGCUCACGCCAGGAAGUGCUGGCUCACUAUUCCCACCGUGCCCUGGACGACGACAUCCGUGCCCAGAUGGCUCUGGAUUGGGUGAACCGGGAGCAGAGUAUUCCCGGGGCCCUUUCCCGGGAAUUGGCAGCCACGGAACGAGAGCUGGAAGAGGCCAGACUGGCUGGAAAAGAGCUGAGAUUCCCAAAGGAAAAAAAGGAUAUCCUGCUGCUGGCAGCUGGCCAGUUGGGAUCUGGUCAUUCCUCAGGCUGCUGA